CCCUAAUAAGGUAGCCAUUAUACAUUUCCGGAAUCUCUUACGUAUGAGCUUCAAUCUUCUAUCAAACUGUCACUGAUGCUGCUUCGUCUUCUCGAAGUUCUGAAUUUGAGCUCGGUUGCAUGUGUCUCUGCAGGGAAAAUAAAAAAAAUAAAAUUCAUGGAAAAUUUGCGCGGCAACUAUAAUAAUCCAAAAACUCCGACGAUCAAGUUUUUCGAAGGCAAUGCGGUACCAAUCCACAACCGAUUUCACACUCCGGUACCGCUGAGUCCAGUUUUCGAUCCCUACGAGUUGUCUGAAAACUUUAAUACGCCAAAUCCACUCUCUCCCUUGGUCCAACGCCUGCGAUCCGGCUCGUCUGUUCCGUUUGACGGAAGCGGAGGCGGAAGCAGAAGCAGCGGCACCAGAGGAGGGUUCGGUUCGCCUCUGUCUUCGAUUGAGAACCUACUGACGCAACCGUUGGGGUCUCCGAUUACGGUGUUCAAGACUCCGGUGAAAGUUGAGGAGGACGUGAUUGUCAUGGACGGCUUUCCCGUUAAUCCAAAGGGCGGCAGUUCAAGGCCGAGAGGGACGGUGCCAUCAGAUCCCGGCCUUGGCCAAAGGAGGGAACCGUGUCGGGUCUGGCAGCAAUAUCGUUCUUGCCGAUUUGGUCAUAGUUGCCAGUAUGCACACGGAGUUCAAGAGUUGCAUCCUCCUGCCCCAAAGAAUUACAAAUCUGAGAUGUGCAGGUCAAUCAUCAAUUCUGGAACAUGUCCAUAUGGCCCCAGGUGUCGAUAUUUUCAUCCUCAGCCUCAGAACCAGGUGAAUCCAGCAGUUCAACCCCCAGCACCUAGAGCUGAAGUGGCAAUUCCUCCUCAGGACCAGGUGAAUCCAGCAGUUCAAUCCCCAGCACCUAGAGCUGAAGCGGCAAUUCCUCCUCAGGACCAGGUGAAUCCAGUAGUUCAAUCCCCAGCAUCUAGAGCUGAAGUGGCAAUUCCUCCUCAGGACCAGGUGAAUCCAGCAGUUCAAUCCCCAGCUUCUAGAGCUGAAGUGGCAAUUCCUGUUUCAACACCAACUGUAGUCAAAGAUCCAGCCAGUGGAGGCAACAGCAGCACCUCCGCAACUGCUUCUACUGCCACAGCUUCUGGAAAUAAUGACUGGUCUCCAGCAGAUGAUGGUAUUGAGACUUCCUUGCCUGGAAAAGCUCCUGUGGUAGAUGUUAAUGCUCAUAUUCAGACUGCUCUCUAUGGACCUUCUGGGAGGAAAAGAUUGCCUAUUUUCGGCGAGAUUUGCCCUGAGCCUGAGCCCGAGAUCGAUCCCAAGCCUGAGUAAAGAGAUCUACCCUUCUCCUAUGGGUAAUACAUGAACAUCUCUGCUUUUCCAAUUAGCAUACAAUUGACUGCUAACUAGCUGAAAGCACCAUAGCAUACACCAAAGAAAGUGAGGAUUCGUAUUCUUGUCAGGUAACAUGUGAAUAUCUGUCAUUUUGUUUUUGUUUUGAUCAAGAACAUAAUACAUUCCAUUGAUCAGAGCAGCUAUACAAAUACACCAAGUAACUAAAUGUGAAUGUGUCAUUUUGAUUGUAUGUGUAUUGUUGAUUCGUUGUGGUUAAUUGGAAAACAUGUACUACUAGACUGUCAAAAAGAGAUUUUUGAUUGAUAUGAUAUACAACCAGAAAGUCAUGCCUUAGAGUGGAA